UGUAGCAGCUGCAAAUUGAGGAGGGAGAGAUUUCUCCACCCAGCCGGACGUCCGUUCAUUUAUUUAUUUAUUUUUGUUGUUUACUUUAUUUCUGCCCCGAUUACAUAUUUUAAUCAUAGUUGUUGGAAUCUGGUUCGGAGUAGUUCCAAACACGUUUAGCUAGUUAACUUAAGAGCUAAACAACGAAGAACGCCGACGACAGAUUCGUGAGUACAGCAAAGCUCUAGCUUCGACGGGUUUUUGAGUUGUCAACGAAUGAUUUACGGGUUUGUUUUAUCUUUGUGGAAGACACUGUAAACUAAACGUCGGGAACAAACGUGCCCUCAGAACAAUAAGCUUUUUCGGUCUUGUUGAUUUAACUCUGUAGAUACAUAACUAGCUGUUUUACAAAAGCAACGGGAUAUUUAUUUAGCCAGGUCGUAGCUGAAUAUGGCUCAACAUGGACAUCAUCAUGUAGCGAGUUCCCAAAAGGCAUUAAUGCUUGAAAUGAAAAGUCUUCAAGAAGAGCCAGUUGAAGGGUUCAAAAUAACUUUGGUGGACGAAUCGGACUUGUAUAACUGGGAAGUAGCAAUCUUUGGACCUCAUACCCACUACGAAGGGGGGUAUUUUAAGGCCCGGAUCAAGUUCCCCAUCGACUACCCCUACUCUCCCCCGGCCUUCCGAUUCCUCACCAAAAUGUGGCACCCCAACAUUUACGAGAACGGGGACGUGUGCAUCUCCAUCCUCCACCCCCCCGUGGACGACCCCCAGAGCGGCGAGCUGCCCUCUGAGAGAUGGAACCCCACACAGAACGUCAGAACAAUUCUGCUGAGCGUGAUUUCUCUGCUCAACGAGCCCAACACCUUCUCUCCCGCCAACGUGGACGCCUCCGUCAUGUACCGCAAGUGGAGGGACAGCAAGGGCAAGGACCGCGAAUACGCCGAGAUCAUCAGGAAACAGGUGCUGGCCACCAAAGCGGAGGCGGAGCGGGACGGGGUGAAGGUGCCCACCACCCUGGCGGAGUACUGCGUCCGAACCCGGGCCCCGCCCACCGACGAGGGCUCCAACCUCUUCUACGACGAUUACUAUGACGACGAGGACCUGGAGGACGAGGACGAGGACGAGGACGGGGACUGCUGCUAUGACGACGAGGACGACUCGGGGACGGAGGAGUCCUGACGCCCUACUCCGCCCCCCUCUUCCUCCUCCCCCCGAAGCCCCCCCCCCGCCACGCCCUUCGGCCACGCCCUCCCCCCGAACUGAACUAUUUGCGCCCUCUCUGCGGACCCGCACAGACCUCCUCCGCCGACCACGCCCGCUUCUUUAGACCACGCCCACUUUACAGAAAGACCACAGAGUUUAAUUCCAUUCUUCCUCAUUUUUUAAUUUCUGUUUUAAAUGCGUUUAUGUGCCGCCCCUUUGGCUCCUCAGCUACUUACGAUGUAUAACACAAACGGCUACCUACACACACACAUGCACACACGCUCUCAGACACACACACACACACACACACUCGCAGACACGCACACAUGCACACACACUCUCAGAC